UUUUUAUUGGAUUAGACAAGAAGUCUAUCCGGCGGCAGCCAUCAUUGCCGUGGUGAGGGACGAGUUCUCUCGGAAUUGGUGGAAUAUUUUGGCCAAAUGCGGCACUAAGUAUUAAAGUGCUGGUUGUGCCUAAAUAUUUCCACACCCGACCGUCACAAUGUUGCUUCGGCUCCAACAAGCAAUCCACCUGGUAGACAGUGUCGGAUCCAACAUGCACAAGAUCUCCACACGAUGCAGUCGGGGAUUCAAAUCCGCAGCUCGCUUCUACUGCCAGAAGGCAGAGAAGGAGGCGGUACAAAUCCCUGGCACCCCAUACAAAAAUCUAACCAUCGGCGUUCCACGGGAGGUUUUCCCUAAUGAACGCCGAGUUGCCCUGUCACCUGCAGCAGUGCAGAACUUGAUCAAGAAAGGGUUCACAGUCAAUAUACAGGAGAAUGCAGGGGUGGAGGCAAAGUUUCUCAACGAGGACUAUGCUUCAGCUGGUGCCAAUAUUAGUGCAGCUAAGGGUGCAUACGAGUCGGACAUCGUCUUAAAGGUUCGGGCACCAGAGGCUUCAGAAAUAGGUUCAUUCAGAGAUAAUGGAACAUUGAUCAGUUUCUUGUACCCUGCACAAAAUAAAGCUCUUCUAGAUGAACUAGCACAAAAGAAUCUGACUGUGUUUGCAAUGGACUGUGUGCCGCGCAUUAGUCGUGCUCAGGUCUUUGAUGCACUCAGUUCCAUGGCUAAUAUCGCUGGCUACAAGGCCGUGUUGGAAGCUGCCAACAACUUCGGCAGAUUCUUCACAGGUCAAAUUACAGCUGCUGGAAAAGUGCCCCCUGCAAAGGUUUUGGUUAUUGGAGGGGGUGUAGCUGGUCUAUCAGCUGUUGGAACAGCCAAAAAUAUGGGAGCCAUUGUGAGAGCGUUUGACACACGAGCUGCUGUGAAGGAACAAGUCGAGUCCUUCGGUGCAGAGUUCUUGGAAGUCAAUGUGAAGGAAUCGGGUGAGGGUGGAGGUGGGUAUGCCAAAGAAAUGUCCAAAGAGUUCAUUGAAGCAGAGAUGGCACUGUUUGCCAAACAGGCUAAGGAGGUUGACAUCAUCAUCUCCACUGCUCUCAUCCCAGGAAAGAAGGCACCAGUUCUCAUCAAGAAGUACAUGGUCGAGUCCAUGAAGCCAGGGUCGGUUGUUGUUGACCUGGCUGCUGAAGCUGGAGGCAACAUUGAGACAACAGUCCCAGGGGAAAUCACCAAGUACAAUGAUGUGGUGCACAUUGGCUACACCGACCUGCCAAGUCGCCUCCCCACGCAGUCUAGCACCCUGUAUGCAAACAACAUCACCAAGUUUCUCCUGUCUAUUGGAGAGAAGGAUCACUACAACAUCAACUUGGAAGAUGAGGUCGUCAGAGGCUCCAUCAUCCUGCAGGAGGGCAAGUUGUUGUGGCCUCCACCACCCCCACCACCACCUUCCCCAGCAGAGGUGGCAGCAGCAACACCGGCAAAGGCAGUCGUGAAGGAACCACCUCCACCACCAAACUACUUCAACAACACUCUCAAAGAAUCUCUUAUGUACACAACCGGACUGGGAAGUAUGAUUGGUCUCGGUAUGGCUUCACCCAACUCGGCUUUCACUCAGAUGGUGACUACAUUCGGACUGGCAGGAAUUGUUGGUUACCAUACUGUAUGGGGCGUGACACCAGCUCUGCACUCACCUCUGAUGUCAGUGACUAAUGCUGUCUCAGGGACAACAGCUGUGGGGGGGCUUGCUCUCAUGGGGGGUGGCUACAUGCCUUCCAACACUGUCCAAUCUCUCGCAGCGCUGGCAGCGUUCAUCUCCUCCGUCAACAUCGGUGGCGGCUUCGUGGUCACUCAGAGGAUGCUGGACAUGUUCAAGAGGCCAGAUGAUCCCCCAGAGUACAACUACCUGUACGGGAUCCCCGCUGCGGCUUUCCUGGGGGGAUAUGGCUACACCGCCUCCACUGGGACAUACCCGGACAUCCACCAGAUGGCAUACUUGGCAGCUGGACUCUGCUGUGUAGGCGCACUCACUGGCCUGGCUUCCCAGAAAACUGCCCGCAUCGGUAAUGUCCUUGGCAUGAUUGGCGUGACGUCGGGCAUUGCUGCCACCCUGGGGAUGUUGAAGCCUGCCCCAGAAACUGUAGCACAGAUGGGAGGCUGCAUGGGCCUUGGUGUCAUGAUUGGUGCAGUUGCAGCAAAACGUAUUGAGGUGACCGACCUACCCCAGAUGGUGGCGCUGUUCCACAGCCUGGUGGGCGCUGCUGCCGUCCUCACCUGCUUAGCGGAGUACCUGCAAGAGUAUCCCCACUUUGCCACUGACCCGGCUGCAAACGUCAUCAAGACCUUCCUCUUUCUGGGGACCUUCAUUGGUGGAGUGACCUUCACCGGGUCUCUCAUUGCUUUCGGAAAGCUGCAGGGAGUCCUCAAGUCCGACCCUCUGCUCCUGCCGGGCCGCAACUUGCUGAACAUGACUAUGAUGGCGGACGUCGGCGCCAUGGCCUAUUACAUGGCCAGCCCCAGCAGUGCUGUAGGACUCAGCAUGCUCGGCACCACCACAGCGCUCUCCAGCUUGAUGGGCAUCACUCUCACCGCUGCCAUUGGAGGAGCUGACAUGCCAGUGGUGAUCACGGUGUUGAACAGCUACUCAGGCUGGGCGCUGUGUGCCGAGGGCUUCAUGAUGGACAACAAUCUCAUGACAAUCGUUGGUGCCUUGAUCGGUUCAUCUGGUGCCAUCCUCUCCUACAUAAUGUGCAAGGCCAUGAACAGGUCUCUACCCAAUGUCAUCCUGGGUGGCUAUGGAACCAGCUCGACUGGCAAAGGCAAACCCAUGGAGAUCACUGGAACUCACACAGAGGUGAACGUUGACCAGACCGUUGAGAUGAUCCGAGACUCCAAGAACAUCAUCAUCACACCAGGUUACGGCUUGUGUGUGGCCAAGGCCCAGUACCCCAUUGCUGAGAUGGUCUCGUUGCUCAAAAAGAAGGGACAUAAUGUACGCUUCGGCAUCCAUCCGGUUGCUGGGCGUAUGCCUGGUCAGCUGAACGUGCUGCUGGCAGAAGCAGGUGUGCCCUAUGACAUUGUUCUGGAGAUGGAUGAAAUCAACGAAGACUUCAAAGAAACCGACCUGGUGAUGGUUAUCGGUGCAAACGACACAGUCAACUCAGCGGCUGAGGAGGACCCCAACUCAAUCAUCGCAGGGAUGCCUGUGUUGAGAGUGUGGCUUUCUAAACAGGUCGUUGUGAUGAAGAGAACCUUGGGUGUGGGAUAUGCAGCAGUAGAUAACCCAAUCUUCUUCAAGGAAAACUCAGGCAUGUUGCUAGGCGACGCUAAGAAGACCUGUGAUGCCCUUCUAUCUAAACUGCGUGAAACUUAUGAAGAAUAAUGUAGUCUAUAGGUUUCUAACAUAAUGUACAUUUAGAAAUAAGCCAAUUCAUAGUCAAGAUUGAGGUAGCUGUCACAUUCUCAGGAUCUGGUCAAACUCAUCUGAAAGAUGUACUUUUCCAGAUUUUCAUAAACAUUUUUUACAAAUUCCAGGGAUCUGAUUUUGAGAGGAUGUCAGCUGCCCCAAGUAAUGAGUUGACUUUCAUGACUGAGUGUGAGACUGUUAUUUAACACAGUAGUAAAUGCUUGGCGAGCGUCUGAGAAAUUGUCCUGUGUAUUUUAUAUUUUUCAUCUUGACCAUGCGAUCAAAUAAGGGGAAAGCUAUUCAUAAAGGGCUGGAAUCACACUUGUGAGGUACCCAAGAAAUUGUUAGAAAACCUAAAAAUGAUUCGCAUUACAAUAGCAUAUAUCAGGCAUUCCGAUCGGGGUUGUAACUUGAGAUUGUUUUGUAUUGAACAUCUCACAAAAAAGUAUUUCUUUUGUCAAAAUGAGCUUAGUAUAAUUUUAUUGAGAGCUUCUUUUCUUAUAAAGCUGGGCUGUUUUAUGACUCCAGUGAACCACAAAGUGCUGUGUUUAAAGUGCUAGCACAUGACUGUAUUUCUUCAGUUGAGUGAGAUGAUUCGGUGAAAGUCAGUGUGUUACUGGAUGAGGUGAAUAAAAGUCUAAAACCUC